AUGAAUGAGGGACAACAGGACACACCACUGCAGAAGAAACAGCGUGGACAAAGGACAGAGUUUGAGAAUAAUAAUAUCAUCCCAGAAUUUAUAGGUCAGGAGACCAAAUUUUUCCAGCCAGUUUACGAAACAGGGCCUUCUCUGAAAUGUAUGGAUCCUCUCCUGCCAAGAAGAGAAAAGUCUUCCUAUCUUAAUCAGAUACAGAUUUUCAUAAAAACCCUUAUAGGGAAGACCAUCACCCUUGAGGAUGAACCUUCGGAUACAAUAGAAAUUAUAGAAGCCAAAAUCCAGGAUAAGGAAGGAAUUCCUCCUGAUCAGCAAAGACUGAUUUUUGGUGGCAAGCAGUUGCAAGAUGGGUGUACUUUGUCUGACUACAACAUCCAGAAGGAGUCCAUGCCUCAUCUCAUGUUGAGACUUUCUGGUGGUGCUAAAAAAAGGAAGAAGUCUUAUACCACUCCCAAGAAGAAUAAGCAUAAGAGAAAGAAGGUUAAUCUGGCUGUCUUGAAAUACUAUAAAAUGGAUGAAAAGGGCAAAAUGAGUCACCUUCCAGAGUGCCCUUUAGAUGGUGUUGGAGUUUUUAUGGCCAGCCAUUUUGACAGACAUUAUUGUGGCAAAUGUCUGACUUACUGCUUCAACAAACCAGAAGACAAGUAA